UCUUUAUCCUUAUGCAUAAACAGUUGCUAAAGACCAUGGAAGCCUCACAGCCUUUAGCGACUGAAAGUUUUUCAUACAGUUGGUUGUCAAACGUAAGACCCACUUUGGAUGGACUUGACAGGCCAUUUAGAGCAUCACUUGAUAAUUCUCAUGCAGCCACCUCGAAACAAUCGGACUACAAGAUGAAAAAGUCGAAGAGAUGCUCGGAAGAAUCCCAGGACUUUGAUUUCGAAAUUCCCAUAUCCCAAUCUCUUCCUCUUGCUCAUGCUGAUGAGCUUUUUUUCAACGGCGUCAUGAAACCUGUAUUUGUCGACCCAUCAAGGAUAGAGCUGUCCAAUGCCUCAAAUAACAAUCCCGCCAUGCCUUUAUCUUCAUCCUCUACUUCCGGAACUGCUAUUGAUCAAGUGGUUCAAGAUAACUGUUAUUUUCUCAGAAGAUGGAAAAAACCGUUGGAGCGAAUCUUGCAGAAGUGUUUUGGAUGUCUCAGACCUUUAUGCCAUAAAAUAUUAAAGGGCUCAAGAAAAUGUACUAGAGUUGAUGAUAUUGAUAGGAGAGUGUCGGAAGUUAAGAGCUGGAGCAACUCACCACAGGCAUCUCCGCGACAAAGUAUAGUUUAUUCAACAGGUGAUUGCUGUGAUAUGGAGAGCUCGAUUUAUGAGGCGGUUCUUCAUUGCAAAAGAUCAAUAGAAAAAUGAUUAUUUUGCACAGAAAGAAAGAGAAGGAAGCGAGCAGGGAGCUGCAGGGAGCUAAAAGUACUUGGUAGGAGAUCAAGCACAACUUGUACUAAUUUGUCCUAUUUCACUGGCCUCUUUCUUGUGGUUGUUUGUGUAAAUUUUUGUCUUGUGAAGCAAGACAAGCUUCACAGAUACAUAUCUGUGCUGACAAAAACAAUAUGAAAAUCGGAUGUUGUUUGUUUCCUUCAUCUUGUGAUAUGGAUGGAGAGCUCAAAUAAUAUUAUUUGUUGUCUUCGUCUUGUUAAAAUAAGAUCAUUUCAAUUUCACUC